AUGGAUAUAGUUAUUCAAAGGAAAAUAUUAGAUUAUUGUUACUCUUUGGAUGGAUUUAUCAUUUGCAUCGCACAAGAACAAAAGUGGUGGAGAAUUCAUUUACUAGUAGUCUGCAAAAGUUGGUUCAACUAUAUUAGAGAAAACUUGGUCACCUUUUUCGACUACAAUAAGGUAAACAAUUUAAAACAUUCUCUAUGUUCAAAAUGGUCUCUUUUCAACCAUUCAAUUCCUGAAUCAGCAACACUGGCAAGUGAUUCAAUCGAGGAGAUUUAUUUAUUAAAGAAUUAUAACCUUUUAAAUAACUAUUUUGGAUCACUAAAAGAUAUUAGAUAUCAUGAAACAUUAUCAUCUCCAGCAGCAGGAGAACCAUAUUUUGAUUUCCUACUGUCAAAUCAAUCAAAUAUUACUGAAUUAUCAAUUACAUCUCAAAAAACUAUGGAAUCUUCACCAAUUUUAGAUUAUAUCAUGAAAAAAUCAAUUGAAUUUCCAAGUUUAGAAACCUUUUAUCUUUGUCUAAAUGAUAAACUAGAUUAUCGUAGAUUGGAAGGAUUACAAAUGCCUAGGUUAAAAGAGUUUGGAAUGAUAACUAAUAAUGAUGUAAAUCAAGAUGUUUUUAUUGGUUUUAAUCAAUUGGUUGGUGAUAAAUGGAAACAAACUUUGGAAAAUCUAUCAUUGACGGUCAAUAGCUAUGAUUUUACAGACUCUUUUACAAUCGAAACUAGUUUAAAGAUUUGGAAAAGAAUGCCAAAGUUGAAAGGUUUGGUACUACUUCAAAUGGUCACAAUGGAUGAUGGUUAUGAAUUCUAUAACUUUAAUAAUGUGAAUGAAGCAAAUUCUUUUCUGGAAUUGGGUCUCUCUGAUUUGAGGUUGCCAGAACCAUCAAUAGAAUUUCUAGAGGUAUUGGUUGCUUCUCCAAAAUUGGAAAAACUCUUUUUAAACUAUCGAAUCGAUCAACCGUUCACCAAAAUCAAUACCUCGUCGUUAUGUUUCCUAUCGUUGUAUGAUCAAUAUAAAAUGCCAUUCAAUAAUAUCCAACCAUUAUUGCAGGGUUUAGAAAUAUUGGAUUUACAAUCAUGUGAUUUGGAUUUAGUGGAACAGUUUCUUGGAUUUGACGGAGGGUUAAGAGUUUCAAAUGUUUCCAUUGUUUUUGAAUUCAAAUCGAUCAAAGAUCAACAACAAGAUAAAACAUUGAAAUGUUUACAGAUUAUACAUUACUGUCUUUAA